AUGGCACUUAUUCAAACAACAUCGAAUGGACUGAUGAGCACCAGCCCUGCCAAGACGCGGGCGUCUCCCGCUCUUCUCGUAGUUGCCAUCGAGGGCCGCAACUUCGUGUCGCUGGGGCUGCGACCCGACGCUCUGCGCACCAUGCGCUACUACUGCCAAAUCGUAAUCGAGGACGUUAAAACGAGCGACAUCCUGCUCAACGUUCGCACCAAUCGGGUGCAGCGCGGCCAGACCAACGUCGUGUGGAACGAAGAGCUCUACUUUGAGUUCCCGCCAGGCCGCAAAAAGAAGGACGUCGAGCUGAAGGUGAUGUGCUUUGAGCACAGCCCGCUGCACGACCACUUCCAGGGCGAGGUGGUGCUGCCCCUGGGCCACCUCCACCGCCACCGUGCGCUCGAUCAGUGGUACGCGCUGGCCCGACGGGACAAGAAGCCCGUGCGCGGUGA